GCAGGUACACGUCAAUUUUUGCCACAUGACAGCCGAGUGGCAGUGUAAAAAAAAAUUCCCCCAGUCUUCAGUGUUGUUGAGAAAAAUCGUGAAAAUCGGUGUGAAAGUCGCGUGAAAAGGUAUGUGUCAGUGGCAGUAGAGGUAGAGCCGGUCGCGAGGGACAAUGCUAACGCGACGUAGAGUGAGAAACGCAGGGAAAUUACGGCGGAUUCAGGCUUCCGGAUGUUUGGGCUGCUAAAAUGCGCCUCAUCCAGCAAUUCCUAGUUGUGACCUUCGUAUCCAUCUGGGUCAUUGUCACGUAUAUCGUGUUCUGGCGCCCAGAUACACCGGGACUCCGAUCCACCAAUUCCGAAGAUCCACUCUAUGCCGAAUUCUUGGAGAAGCUCAAUCUCCUGGAAAAGUCCGUAGACCGGCAGAGUGACGCAUAUCAGAAGUUGGUGGCCAAACUCCUGGUGCUACUUGAAUCUCGCGUUGAACAUCCCACAACUCUAGCCUCCACAAAGGCAGCAGACGGAGUUCGAGAGAUCUCACUGGAAACUGUUGAUAAUUCCCCACCAUUCACUGGUCCAGUCAUUCCGAUUAUUGUGUUUGCCUGCAAUCGGAUCUCCAUCAGCAACUGCCUCGAUAACCUCAUCCAAUACCGUCCCAACAAGAAGCAAUUCCCCAUCAUCGUGUCACAGGAUUGCGAUGAUAAUCCAACGAGGGAUGUGAUUCUUUCGUACAAAGAGCAAGUGUCACUAAUUUCUCAGCCAGAUCAAUCGGACAUUAUUGUUCCGCCGAAAGAUAAAAAGUUUAAGGGGUACUACAAGAUAGCCCGGCAUUACGGUUGGGCUCUCAAUACUGUCUUCUCCCGUGGCUACGACUAUGUCAUCAUCGUGGAGGAUGAUCUCAAUGUGGCUCCGGAUUUCUAUGAAUAUUUCCUGGCCACGUAUCCGCUGCUGAAAAACGACUCUUCCCUCUGGUGCGUGUCAGCGUGGAAUGAUAAUGGAAAGGUGGGAUUAAUUGACGAAGCGGCUGCGUCAUUGCUCUAUCGAACGGACUUCUUUCCUGGACUAGGAUGGAUGCUCUCGAAGGAAUUGUGGGCGGAAUUAUCUGUUAAAUGGCCUAAAGCAUUCUGGGACGAUUGGAUUCGACAUCCAGAACAGAGAAAAGAAAGAUCCUGCAUUAGGCCUGAGAUAUCGAGAACGAGAACUUUUGGAAAGAUUGGCGUAUCAAAUGGUUUGUUCUUCGAGAAACAUCUGAAAUACAUCAAAUUAAGUGAGCAAUUUGUCCCAUUCACCAAGAUGAAUUUAACGCAUUUGUUAAGGACAAACUACGAUGCGACUUUCCUGAAGCAUGUCUACGAAUGUCCUGUGGUGACUUUCGAAGAAUUGAGACGUAGAAUGAUCCAGACGAAGGAACCCGUUCGCAUUCAGUACAAUACCAAAGAUCAGUACAAGAAGGCAACAAAAAUGUUGGGAUUGAUGGAUGAUUUUAAAAGUGGAGUCCCAAGGACUGGUUACCAUGGAAUAGUGUCAUUUUUCUACAACAAUCAACGUGUCUAUUUGGCACCAAAUAGAAAUUGGAAGGGAUAUGAUCUAUCGUGGAGCUAACAGAACAUAAAGGAUAAACUGCAUUAAAUUCUUCCAGAGAUGAAGAAAUUAUGGAAUAUGGGGUGAAAGUAGUCUGAUUUCUAUGUCAUGGAACUGAAUUAGAGACAUUCCAAGUAAGUCAGAUAUUUAAAAAAAAAGAAAAAUUAAAAAGAAAUUGUAUUUAAUAAAAUAGUGAAAAUUCUAUAUCAUCAAACUUACACGAGGGGAAAAUUGUAGAAAGUGAAAGAGAAAUUUUCCUCUGUGGAUUGGUGAUUUUUUAAAUUAUAAUGAUAAUUAAAAUAAUCUCUUUUAAAAUAAGAGACCAACAAUGAUUGCCAAUUUGUUCCUUAGUUAAUUUUCUUUUCUAAAAUAACUAUUUAAAAAAAUAAUAAUAAUGAAACAAUUUUUCAUGAAGAGAAAAUAGAAAAAAUAGCUUAUUGCAGACAGUAUCAAA